GGAGGGUCUCUUCUUCCGAGAGCUCUCACUCCAAACGCUUGCCGCCCUGGACGUUUGUCAGAUUUAUUUUCUUUACUAAUAUUUUACCCUAGUGCCUUCACUUCAGGCGUGCAGUCGCUUGCUGUGCCUCCUUCUCUUUUAAAUGCAUCAACGGCGAGAAGGCAACAUGGGCAACUGGAGUGCCUUAGCCAAGCUUCUAAAAAGGGUUCAGCCCUACUCCACGAUUGAAGGAAAGGUAUGGCUCAGGGUCCUUUUCAUCUUCCGCAUCCUGCUCCUGGGGACCGCCAUUGAGUCAGCCUGGAGUGAUGAGCAGCUGAAGUUCCGUUGCAACACUCAGCAGCCUGGCUGUGAAAACAUCUGCUACGACCAAGCUUUCCCCAUCUCUCACAUGCGCCUCUGGGUCCUCCAGAUCAUCUUCGUGUCUGUGCCCACAGUCUUAUACCUGGCACACGUGUUCUAUGAGACCCGGCAGAACCAGAACCUGAAGAAGCUAGAGAAGGAGCUUGGAGUUGUUCGUGUUAAUGGUGCCUACGUGGAAGCGCACUUAGAGCAAACUGAAGAGAAGAAGUUCGAGAGUGGCAGAGAAGAACAAGCUAAGGUGGAAAGGAAAGGCCGGUUGCUGCUAACCUACAUGCUCAGUAUCGUCUUCAAGUCUGUCUUUGAGGUGGCCUUCAUGCUGAUCCAGUGGUACAUUUAUGGAUUUACCCUGAGGGCAGUUUACAUUUGUGAGCAAGCUCCUUGCCCACAUCAGGUGGACUGCUUCGUCUCUCGCCCCACAGAAAAAACCAUCUUCAUCCUCUUCAUGCUGGUGGUGUCCCUGGUGUCUUUGGCCUUGAAUAUCCUUGAGCUGUCCUAUGUCCUAUAUAAGGUCAUUAAGAAUUAUGUGAGAAAGGAGAAUGAGGUUUACUAUAGUAUAGCUGAUCUCCAGAGCCUUUCCCAUGCCCCCUCACCAAAUGUUCUCACUACCGCGUUUUCUGAGGAUCAGGCGGUUCCUGCGGAACAUUAUCGGUUUCGGAGUGUAACAGAGUCAGGUGGGGGGAGGCAGGCAGACAGUGUCUUUUCUGGCCCGCACUCAGCCUUUUCUUCACCCUGAUGAUAAGCAGGAUUCUCAGUAGGUCUAAGUGGAGAGAAAAGCAAAUCAAAGCUACCGAACACGAGUAGCAGCUCUCCACCAAUAGUAGUGGUCAUGACACCAGCAGCCUGAUAGCUUAGAUACUGUGAUUUCUUCUUGAAAGCAUUGUGAUUUUGCCUGGUUGCUAAAGAGAAUCAAAGUGCGGUAGAAAGUGUACCCAUGUUUCAGUACAGAUAAUGUUCAUUGGCCUCAGUGGUAACCAAGACAUGUGUCAGUAUUUAAAGUUCUUGACUCUGGAGGCUUAUUCAUCUAGCUCAUUGGUAGAUGGUUGGUCUAGUAUGUAUAAGACCUCAAGUAGCACAAGAAUAAAAAGAUAGUAAUUUGAACAAACGAACUAAAUAAAUAAAAUGGUUGACUCAAAGAACUUUUAGUCCAACUAUAACUUGUAUUAGGCAAUGUAUAAGGACCUUUCCCGUAUUACCCUAAAAUGGUUCUGUGGGGGGGGGGGGAGUGAUUUUAUUAUUUAUCCAUUGACGCAGAUACAGUGUAAAUUCCCAAUCCUGCAUUUUUAAAUAAUACAAACAUACCAUUGAAAGUUGAGCCUUUCUCUUGGAUUUUAUUGUUUGGGCCCAUACUAUGUUUAUACUGUUUAAUUCCUAAUGUAAAAGUAAAUUAUAUUUUCCCUUAAAAUGCAUCCCCCAAUUUAUAAUAUGUCAUAGUUCUGGUAAUUGUGAUGAGUUUUCUUUUUCUCUUAUAUACUAUAGCAGCAAUCCUAUCACAGAUGUAAACAAUUUAUUCUUCUUUUCCAAGAGAGAGUCGGAGCCCUUAAAGAAACAGUUGUACUGAAAACAGUAAUUGUGAACAUGACAAACUUAAACGCUUAGAAGUGAAUUAUGAAAUGUGCCUACAUGAAUUUGACAAUAGUGGGCAUUUGUUUUACAUAAUACAUAUUAAUUCAGAUGUUACCUUCUGCUGUGAGUUUGGCAGUCUCUUGUGAUUAUUGGCAUUUUUCAUGUUUAUAUUAAGAUUUUAUUUGGAAAGCAGGAGAGGGUGAGGGAAAUUUGUGAAAUACCUGUGUAAUUGAUUUGAAACAUAUAAAAGAAAUGCUAUUCAUUUUUCUUAUGCCUUUUGAAACAUUCCACAGAUUGAAAAAUACUGAGCUGCUGACUUGUUUUUCCAUGACAGCUACACACACAAUUUUAUUCAAGAAAUAUUAAUUUGCUUACCAUUUGAUGUUAAACUACCAUGUUCAUCUUUGUUUCUUGCAAUGCAGGCCUAUCACAUGUUAUUCUAGAAAAUUCUUUAUUCAAUAAAGUA